GUCAACCAUUCAGUAUACACCUGUUGCAUCGCCAUCAAAAUGGCUUAAAACCAACGUGUGAAAUCCCCAAACACUUUUUUUUUAACAAUGUGAUAUCAAAAUCCCGCCAAAAACAAGUUCGGUAACAUCACUUUUCCAAAAAGUACAAAAAUUGGUGCUUCCAAAGCAAUAAAAAUGAAAAAGUGUAGUGAUACUGUUGUUUUGUUGUUCAUAAUAUCGUACAGUUUUACGUUUGUCCAAAGUGAAAUUACACUCGGCGAAACUUCCUGUGGCCAAAAAAAAUGCAAAAGGGACGAAUACUGCACCAGCUAUACGAAAGCCUGUGAACCGUGUUCAAAAAUCUGCGAUAAAUCCACGCACAAUUUUGAUGAAACGGAAUGCGUGAAAAAAUGUCAAGAUUACAUUCACGAUUCUCGUUAUGUCCUAAAAGACGAAACUGGAACUGGAGACCAAAACCUCCGAGCAACUGUUCAACAGCUUUCCCACAUGGUUACAGUCACUCUCACUUUAGUAUGUUUGAUGCUAGUUAUCCUCGCAACAGUUUUGGUUCUACAAAUGUACCGAUGGAAGAAAAAGAAAAACAUUACAUUAGCAACAAUUAAAAACAAAUUAUUUUCUAAAAAGGCUGAUUCCGCUCAGAACAAAUCCACACCCGUAUCAAAUCAAGUUAAAAACGAAAAACCUGAUUUACGUCUGGAAAUUUCUCCAGAAUCUACUCACUCUGGACACAGUCCUGUUACGGUAACAACUUCAAUAAGUCGAAGGCCGGCAGAAGAUAGCACCUUGGACUACGCGUAUGAUAAUCCAGCCAUGUCUUCCAGUCCCAACAAAAAAAACGAUCCAAAUAAUUCGUUCUAAUUGUUUUACUUGUGUACGUUUUAUCUACAACUAGUCGGGAAGCUGUGCAAUUUAAAAGCUUCUCCCUUGCGCUAAUUCAUUACUAACAUCUUGUUUUUUAUACUACUUAACUGUUUUAAUAUAAUUUCAUAAAUUUUAUUACUCCUAAUACUCUACGUAUUUAACUCAAAUUAAUAAUUUUUAAUAAUAAAAGUAUGUGGAUUUAUUGUUGGUUGAAGCUUUAAUAUUCGUACUUAUUAGUUUUUUUAAUAGUAUUAGAAGUUCACCACAUAUACAUGCCAAAUUUUUGGACACCGAUAUCUAUCCAAAAAUUUGUAUCGUAAAAUGUGGUAACUACUUUGUAGUCGUACCUAGUGUUAGCCGCAUUUAGCACUAAAAUAAGUUUUGUUAGGUGAUUACAACUCCAUCCAUACAAAGCAUUCCAUUAGGUGUAGUUUUUUUAGAAGUGUAGUGACCAAUAAAUAGCAUUUAACGCCCUUUGUGAGCAGCUAUAAGUAUUUGUAGAACCUGUCUUUGUCUAAAAAAUACAAAAUUGCAACCUGGAUAACUGAACUUUUUUGACGCAAUGACAGAGUUCUGUACUCGUAUGCAUCACUAAUUGUUAAUAAAUAUACUCGUAUGGUAGAAUAGUCAAUGUGUGAUACUAGAGGGUAGAUGAUCAUUAUGUUGUUUUAUUUUGUGUGAAAUUUAUUAUGUUAUUUCUCUUAAUUA